CUCUCAUUCACUCACACUUCUUGCUUGUUUUAAAGUGCGUCAUACUUUUCAUAAAAAAAAUUCUUUUUCUUUCUUUUUUAUUUUCCUUCUCUUUCCCUCCCCUUUUUAAAUAAAUAAAUAAAUAAAUAAAUAAAAAUGACAAGUAUUCUUUCUGACCGUCAGAAAGACGAGUUACACAAGGCUAUACUGGAUUAUUUAAGCACCAGUGGAUUUACUGAGUCAUUUAAUAUGCUCAAGUCUGAAACACAUAACGAGGAUUUCACUGCUGACCCCAAGCAAAAAUAUGCAGGCUUACUAGAAAAGAAAUGGACUUCUGUCAUACGUUUGCAGAAAAAGAUUAUGGAGUUGGAAACAAAAUCAGCACAAAUGCAGGAAGAAAUUAAUAAUGCGCCCAUCAGAAAACAAACUUCUUCUGUUGAUUGGAUCCCUCGCGCCCCUGAAAGACAAAGCAUGACAGGUCAUAGGAGCCCUAUUACUCGUAUUGUAUUCCACCCCAUCUAUCAAACACUGGCCUCUUCUUCAGAAGACACAACUAUCAAGAUUUGGGAUUAUGAAACGGGUGAAUUUGAACGCACUUUGAAAGGCCAUACCAAAUCAGUACAAGAUGUUGUAUUUGAUCCUAAGGGCAACUUUUUAGUAUCUUGUUCUGCUGAUCUUUCAAUUAAGGUAUGGGAUAUCAAUAAUGAUUACAAGUGUAUCAAGACAUUGUAUGGUCAUGAUCACAGUGUAUCUUCUAUUGGCUAUUUGCCUUCAGGAGAUACGAUCAUUUCAUCGUCACGUGACAAAACCAUCAAAUUAUGGGAUGCUGCAUCAGGUUAUUGUAUUAAGACACUAGUUGGACAUCUGGAUUGGGUAAGAACAGUUAAACCCAGUGAAGAUGGUAAAUACUUGGUUUCUGCGUCGAAUGAUCAAACAGCUAGACUUUGGGAUACUCAAUCAGGAGAAGCAAAAAUGGAAUUUCGAGGCCAUGAACAUGUUGUUGAAUGUGCUAUUUUUGUACCUGUCAAUUCAUACCCUUAUAUUCAAGAAUUAAUUGGCGAUGAGAACAAACAAAAAGAUCCUAUGCCAGGACAAUACAUUUUAACAGCAUCAAGAGACAAGACAAUCAAAUUAUGGAAUUCAAAUGGACAAUUAUUACACACAAUGAUUGGACAUGAUAACUGGGUUAGAGGCUUAGUUGUUCAUCCAAAUGGCAAGUAUUUGCUCAGUGCUUCAGAUGACAAGACAAUCAAGAUUUGGGAUUUGAAAACAGGUCGAUGUCAAAAGACAAUAGAAGCUCAUUCUCACUUUGUGACAUGCAUAGCCUAUUGUCAUAUUAGUCCUGUUGUUGCAACAGGCAGUGUAGACCAAACAAUUAAGCUUUGGCAAUGUCGAUAAAAAGAAAUACACCAUCCAUGUCAUUAUUUUUCUAUUAAUUCAAUACCACCUCUCCUUUUUCUUUAUAUAAUAUCUCCAAUCUAGUACAAAUACAAGACCUUUUUUUUUCUUUUUUCACAAAAAAAAAAAAAAGUUUUAUAAUAGAAA